ACUCCUUUACUGCAGCCAGUUGAGCUGCCUGUAUGAUCACUUUCUGACGUAUUUCCAUCAAUAUGGUUUAAGUUACUAGUUGGGGAAGUAGAUGGGAUAACAGUAAGUCAGCAGGCAAAACAGAAAAUCCGUGAGGAGAAUGGUAAAACCUAAUGGAGCUUGGAGGAGUCUCUUCAGCUAGACCAUGACAUGUGCCCAAAGCCCCAAACUGUAGUAGACACAAUGCAGUUUUGACUACACUUACACACAGAGGAUUGAAUCCACACAGCUUAUGAAUGUUUUUAGACAUUAAACUCAUUGGACAAACACGUUUGUUGCUAGUUGGCUCCAAGCACCCACUCCUUGGGAGGUACUAAUCAAACAAAAAUAUUUAGUUUCCCCUCAGCUAAGAAGAGGGAAACUCUUUGAGAAGGGUAUAGGCAGAAGGCAGGCACGAUGUUCAAAUUCCCCAAAGUCCUUAGCUGGCGAUGUUGCAUCACGAACUUCAAGACAACUGGCCCCAGGGUCACGUAUUCAAUAAGCCCUGAACCAGGGAUGGGGGACCUAAUUCUGCGUCCCAUGGGUCUACCAGUCCUCAAGAUUGAUCCGUGCUGAAUGCUGCAUGAGGCUGGGCUUCAGAGCCCCCCACCAGCAUCUUUUGUUGCCUGGGCAGUUCAGUGAAUGCAAUCACAGCAGAAUGUCCAGCACCUGUGUGGGUGUUAGUAAGGGAGAAGGCUGGAUCCACAAACAAGCAUGUGAGCUCUUCUGGUGCAGAGUGGGGGGAACAUGGCAGAUUAACCUUACAGAACAAGCUGCAAAUCACACCAAACCCCUGUGUGUUUACCUGAAAGGUAUUUCUGUUAUCUUUGUCUUUCAGCCAUGAAAAGAGGGCCCUGCACUGAAGAUAAGGCAACUUUUUGUUUAGUGAGAUCCUUACACCGUUCAUCCAUAGAGGAGCUCUUUGUUCUGAAGGAAUUACACACUGCAGCUGCUUCUUCUCAGGAGCACCCCUGAACCCCUGGUUUAUUGAAGAAUUGCAGAUAUUGCUGAAUACUUUAGAGAUGUGUUGGGAAUCCCUAAGGGACCAACUGGGCUGUCACAACAGAGAGUACUUUGUGAAUCUCAGCAGAAGACUUAUGAUAAUCUUGGCCAUAGCAGUGGCAGCCAAGAGCAUGCACAGGGUAGAAUUUUGGGUACUGAGAAUAUUGUUUGGCAAAAUCCGCUUUUCCUAUAUCCUCUCAGGUGUAUCACUGGGCUAGGUGGAGUUUGGCAGCUUGUUUUGCUAGUCACCCAAAUUCCCCCUUGCAUUGCACUUCAAGAGCUCAUGAACACAUUUUCACUCCCUUGUGUCCCUUGCACCAGUGCUAGAAAUGAAGGUUGAUUCAGGCAUUGCCUUUUCUGUACCCACAUAAUGUAUAAGUGCUAGAUGUGGUUAUAGUCACUUCCCUCUCCUGUACGUUGCACGCUUCCUUGCUAGCCUCAAUGUAGAAGACCCUCUGCCCAAAGCUGAGAGGUGGAAGGUUGAGCAGUUCUGUGUCCUCUGGGUGAUAGGAUGUUUCCUGCUGGGGGUUUGAUCCUGAGCACUGCAGCAUCAUUGCCCCACUUGCUGCUAUCACUGCUCUGCAGCACUGGAGUAUCAGAGCGUUGCUCAUGUUGUAAGCUGUUUUGCAGCCUGCAGCGACAACUAUCUGCUAUUUAUGAUGAACAGGAUUACUGAAAUGCUGUGAGAUAGCAGCCAAAGGACUUGCCAUGCAGGCAGCAGAGCUGUGGUAAAUCAGGCUGUGGAGUUACUCGUGCACUUCCAGAAAAGGAAGGUUACGCUGCUGCAGGAGCAAUGCAUUGCUCCACUGGUGCUGGAACUUCUCUUUGGCAAAAGGAUCACCUGUGUAAUUAGAUGAAGCGAUAAUCGAGUGGGACUCCAGUAUCUGUGGCACAGCUCCUGGGCUUGCAGAACCCGUACUGCUGCUGACUUUUAUUAGUCACUCUCAACAGUGGCUUUUAAUGCAGCCAGGGGUAAAAAAUGACCCUCAACAACGUUACCAUGCGUCGCAACCACAACAGCAGCCUGCAGCAGCAGCAGCAGCGAUGGAGCAUUCCUGCUGAUGGAAAGAAUCUGCUGGUCCAUAAAGACUCUAACGAGUACAACCCGCAGAAGCGAUACACCAUCAGUCCUGAUGAAUAUUACAGAAGGAGCUGGUCCUCGGAGUCAUCUGACUCUGUCAUCUCCUCUGAGUCUGGCAGCAAUUGCUACCGGGUGGUGCUGAUUGGGGAGCACGGCGUAGGCAAGUCCUCGCUGGCCAACAUCUUUGCAGGGGUGCAUGACAGCAUCGACAGUGACUGUGAGGUGUUGGGAGAAGACACAUAUGAAAGAACGCUGAUGGUGGAUGGGGAAAGUGCAACCAUUAUACUGCUUGACAUGUGGGAUAAUAAGCGUGAGGGAGAAUGGAUUCGAGACCAUUGCAUGCAAGUGGGAGACGCAUACUUGAUUGUCUACUCCAUCACAGACAGAGCAAGCUUCGAGAAGGCCUCUGAACUCAGAAUACAGCUCCGCAGGGCACGGCAGAAGGAAGAUAUCCCCAUUAUUUUGGUUGGCAACAAAAGUGACCUUGUCAGGUGCCGCGAAGUUUCUGUGGCAGAGGGGCGGGCCUGCGCCGUUGUGUUUGACUGCAAGUUCAUCGAGACCUCAGCAGCCGUGCAGCACAAUGUGAAAGAGCUGUUUGAAGGCAUCGUGCGGCAAGUGCGGCUCCGCAGGGACAGCAAGGAGAAGAACGAGAAGCGGCUGGCGUACCAGAAACGGAGGGAGAGCAUCCCCAAGAAAGCCAGGCGGUUCUGGGGCAAAAUAGUUGCCAAGAACAACAAGAACAUGGCCUUCAAACUCAAGUCCAAGUCUUGCCAUGACCUAUCGGUGCUUUAAGAACGUUGGACUCUGCCAGAGCUUGUGGCAUUUUGUGGACAGUAUCUAACUAUGUCGUGGGACAAUCAAUCAAUCUAUAUUAGAUUGGGCUAUCAAAGUGACUUAGGUUCACAGUUGUGAUUAUGAUUAUACGUGCUGGCAUAAGAACAGCACAGUGCAUGGAAAUAUCUCUCUUCUUUUUUUUUUUUUUUUUUGUCAGUAGUUUUAGAAGAAAAGUAUAGACCAGAAUGACCCAAACUUUAUGCUGGGAGGUGUUCUGGAAUAUACCUGCUCUUUCUCUUCUCAUCUUUGGAUAAUAGUGUAAGAACUUCAAACAGUAAUGACUUGGGAAGUGAAUACUACACUCUUUACUCUUUCUUCUUGUUAUUAUUAUUUCUUUUUUAAAACUGUGUAAAGAACUGAGGAAUUGACUGGGGAUUGGUCCUUUGCCAGUUGGCUGGUCAGGCUUGAGCACCCACCACCGAAAAACCUGCAUUGUUGUAGAAUAGCCACCAAGACACUAUUUUUUAUUUUUUUUUAAUGUCAAGGAUUGGUUUUAAUGAGUUUACACAUCUCUUACUUUGAAAAUAUUUAAAGCAAAAACCCUAUAAUCAAACAAAUUUUUCUCUCCUAUUUUCAUAUUAUGGGACUGUUUAAAAAUCAUAAUAAAACUAAAAUUAAAGUGCAAGUUGUAUCAAAGCGCAUCAAGUGCAGGAUGCCACACCUUUAUAAAUCACUUUUGAGCUUUUCUAUGAAACCACAUGGACUUCUUGUAUCCAGCCUUGGCCUUUCUCUAUGCCAGAGUUAUGCUGUAUUUAUUGUUGUGCAAAAUAACAAGCAUUUUAAUGUUGAGGGGAAAUGUAUUUAUUACCAAGUUUCUUAAAAGAAUAAUGUUAAUUUUAUUACUGUUUUCUAUCUAAUAUCUUUUUUCAGAUAUGCAAGUUUUUACUUACAUGCCUUGUAAUAAAAGAAAUAAAAUAUACACCUGUUUUUGA